AUGGACGGUGCGAGGGGGAGUGGAGGGGCCGUGGCAUGCGUGCGGGCUUCGUUCGUUCCUGGCCGACACACAGCAGCGGCGUUUGUGACGCAGAUGGGGUGGCGAGGAGAGCAACGAGUGCUCAUGGAGGCCUGUGCAUUAGUGGCCACGGUGGGGAGUGCCAGGGGUGGGGGGGGAUGUGCAUGCGGGCUUGGUUCCUCUGUGCGUGUGUGUGUGGAGCGGAGGGGGGGGGGGAAGCUAAGGGGUGCUUGUGUGGGGUGCCUGUGUGUGCUCAAGGCGGCAGUGGCAGCAGCAACUGAGGGCAACGGGAGGAUCAUAGCAAGCACACAAGGAGUGUGGUUGCAGCAGCAGCAAUCCAGUGACGGCGCAGAGGGGGUCGCGAUGGGAGCACGGCUGCAGCAGCCAAGCACCAUUGCGCAGCAUUGCGCAGCAGCAGCAACAGCAGCAGCAACAGCAGCAGCAGCAGCAGCUGAUGCGGACGAGCAGCCUGGAGCACGGGUAGCAGCAGGGUGGUUCUGCGUGGGGAGAAGGCGUGGAGCAGGAGCGGCAGAGCGGCGUGCGGAGCUAGCCUGUGAGCGAGUGGCCGGAGUGGACGGGGGUUCACAUGCGUGCGGGCUUCGUUCCUGGCCGACUCAUGGGAGCAGCAGUAGCAAUGGCUCCUUGACUUUCCAGCCAAAAGUGAAGCACCUUUCAUCCAGAGCCGCAGGAACAGCAGCAGCAGUGGAGGGGUGA